GCCGGGGUGACCGGCGGGAGAUCGACCAGUCGAUCGGAGCGCUGCUGGGACUUUCCUACUUUCUCUCCAGAAAACAUGGAUGAAGGAGGAGGUGGAGGUGGAGGAGGAGGAGGGGUGGGAAUGGCCGCCCCGCGACAGCCGCAGCAAGGGAACAACAACCCCGCUAACCCGCCGACGGGCGGCGGGGCUGGCGGGGCUCUGGUGCCCCAGCAGCAGCAGCAGCCGGCAGAGGAGAUGCCCCCGCGGCCCCAGCAGUACACUAUCCCCGGCAUCCUGCACUACAUCCAGCACGAGUGGGCCCGCUUCGAGAUGGAGAGGGCGCACUGGGAGGUGGAGCGGGCCGAGCUGCAGGCCAGGAUAGCGUUCCUCCAGGGAGAGAGGAAGGGUCAGGAGAACUUGAAGAACGACCUCGUCCGAAGAAUCAAGAUGUUGGAAUAUGCCCUGAAGCAGGAGCGAGCGAAGUACCACAAGUUAAAAUACGGAACUGAGCUGAACCAAGGAGAGGUGAAGCCUCCAAGCUUUGAAACAGAUGAAACCAAAGAAGCAGAAGUCACGUCUCCGCCAAACUGUCAGCUGACCUGGAAACAAGGAAGACAGCUGCUCAGACAGUACCUGCAGGAGGUGGGCUACACAGACACCAUCCUGGACGUGAGGUCGCAGAGGGUGCGCUCCCUGCUGGGUCUAGCCGGCUCGGAGCACAACGGCUCCCUGGAAAACAAGAACCUGGAGCACAUCCUCAACGGAACGGAGUCCCCCGGCAAGAGGAGGGAGCAGGACGCCAAGAGGAGUCCCGGGGACGUCCUGGAGACGUUUAACUUCCUGGAGAACACGGAGGACAGUGAUGAGGAGGAGGAGGAAGAGGAGGGCGACAUGCUGGACCACAUCAACACGCACACGGCGCAGCGCAAGAAACACAAGAACAAGGUGGCUAACGAGGGGCUAGCGUCGGAGCUCGCGGAGGACGCGGACACGGAGGAGGCGCUGAAGGAGUUCGACUUCCUGGUGACGGCGGAGGACGGCGAGGGCGCCGGGGAAGCCCGCAGCUCCGGGGACGGCACCGAGUGGGCGGAGCCACUGCCAUACCCUGCCAGCGGGGGGAAGUCCUUCCUGCUGGGCGGCAACGAGGACGUCCUGGAGAACGUGCUCGGACUGGGUGACCUCGCUGACCUCACCGUCGCCAACGACGACCCCGACUACAGCUAUGAUCUGCCGUCCAGUAAGGACUCGUCCUUCCGGAAGACGUGGAGCCCCAAGUACACGCUGCGGAGCCACUUCGACGGGGUGCGGGCGCUGGCCUUCCACCCCGUGGACCCCUGCAUGGUCACGGUGUCCGAGGACCAGACGCUGAAGCUCUGGAACCUCACCAAGACCCUCCCCGCCAAGAAAAGUGCCUCUUUCGAUGUGGAACCCAUCUACACAUUCAGAGCCCACAUUGGUGCGGUGCUGUGUGUGGCUAUGAGCUCCAGUGGAGAGCAGUGUUUCACCGGAGGCAUCGACUCCAACAUCCACUCGUGGAACAUGCCCAGUUCUAACGUGGACCCCUACGACACCUACGACCCCAGCGUGCUGGCGGGCUCGUGGGCGGGGCAUACGGACGCCGUGUGGGGAUUGGCUUACAGCGGCAUCAAGAAGCGCCUGCUGUCGUGCUCGGCCGACGGGACGGUAAAGCUGUGGAACCCUCAGGACAAGGGCGGGGCCGUGUGCACCCUGAACGCCGACCGAGAGCACGGCAUUCCGACGUCGGUGGACUUCAACGGCUGUGACCCCGCCCACAUGGUGACAUCCUUCAGCAGCGGGGAUGUGGUCCUCUAUGACCUGGAGACCUCCCAGCAUGCACUGGUGCUGCACGGCCAGGGAGAAAGCACACUGCCAGGAGCCAAUCACAUCAACAAGGUGGUGAGCCACCCGACGCUCCCCCUCACCAUCACCGCCCACGAGGACAGACACAUCAAGUUCUACGACAACAAGACAGGUAAGGUGGUUCAUGACAUGGUGGCUCACCUGGACGCGGUCACCAGCCUGGCGGUCGACCCGAACGGCAUCUACCUGAUGUCAGGAAGUCACGACUGCUCGGUGCGUCUCUGGAGCGUGGACAGCAAGACGUGCGUCCAGGAGAUCACGGCCCACCGGAAGAAGAGCGAGGAGGCCAUCUACGACGUGGCCUUCCACCCCAGCAGGGCCUACAUCGCCUCCGCCGGCGCCGACGCCCUGGCCCGGGUCUACGUCUAGAGAGGACCGUACACACACAGACAGACGGACACACACACACACACACAGACACGUACAGAGACAC